AUGAUGUCCAAUUCUGUGAGGCAAAGAAGAAGAGAGUUGAUAAACGAGCAUGAGGACGACUUUCAUGGCUCUGACACUGAUAGUGGUGACAUGCCCGAAACACAAGUUCCUGAGACGCAAGAAGAGGAAGGCAUAUAUCGUGUAAGAGUUGAUGAUGAUACACCUCGUGUCACAAAAGCGGUCCAAAAUCCUGCUCGCAGAAGCCAGCAACGAUCAAGGCUAAAUUUGCAGACAAAUGCUAGACCUGGAAGUAGUGACGAGGAUAAGCUACAACUUCUAGAAGUGAUGACUGGUGUUUCCCGAAACAACGAAGAUGUUCCAAAACUGUUAGGCUCGGGACCAUCAUAUAGGAGUCCACAUUCAGGAGGACUAUCAUCCGACAGUCCAUCCUCGGUGGGGAGUACAGGAGAAUUGUGGGCACCAAAUUGUCAAUAA